ACUUUUACCUAAUAAUUAAAAAAGAGCAUAUAUUACUAAUAUAAACUUAAAUUUUCUUAAAAAAUUGACAAAUAAAUAUGAGUAACAAAACAAUUAAAAUAAAUGAAUUUUAUUCAUAAUUGUUAACUGAAACGAUGUUAUAUUAGAGUUCGAACAAUGUGUUUCAAACUCCAAUGUUGCCAAGAUCGAAUGUAUGAGUUCUUGUGACAAACAAAUUAUGCUAUCAAUGAUAUCGAUGUUUUGAAGGAGAAAAUAAUGCAAUAAAACGACACAAAGAUUUAACGAGGUUCACCCAACUUAGGCUACGUCCUCCGGUGUGCGUAGUGUCUCUUAUAUUAUCAAAGGAGUUCAAAGAACUCUCAAAUAUGGAGAAUUACAAUAGAGAAGAGAUAUAGGCUAGUGUUUGGCUUGGGGUGUAUUUUUUUUUGCGGAUGUCUUGGAUGAGCAAAUGAGCUCUCUAUUUAUAGGGGAGAUCACAUUAAAUAACAUUGAGUACAUUAAAACUAUGAAUAAAUGACAAUGAAAUAGCUCAAAGCACUUGAAGAGUCAAAAACAGCAUCCUAGGAGCAUCAGAGACAUCGCUCGACCAAAGCAGAGGCUCGCUCGGUCGAGCGGCCUGGUCGAGCGGUCUGCAGGAAAUUUCUGGUUACAUUCUGUCUGCUCGCUCGACCCAUCCUGAAGCUCGCUCGGUCGAGCGAGCUGGUCGAGCGGCACUUCAGAGGGCUUCUGACAGCAUUGCUCGAUUUGCAUUGUAGAGCAUCUUGAAUUAAACCUUUACACUUCUUCAUUAAGUCUCAUUACUCCCAUGAUUAACUCAUUAAUUCAUACUUUAAUCAUCAUCAUAAACCUCAAACAUUAAGACAAAACUUAAUACACUCAUUCAUGACUUUCCUAAGAUUUCAUCCCAUAAGUCAUCACACGAAUGCACCCAUCAAAUGUGCACUCAAGUCAUACCAUUCAUAACAUUAACGAUAUAUGAUAAAUAAUAAAUAAUGAAAUUAACAACAAUAAAAAGAAAAUAAUAAUAGUUAUACUGUAUUCAUGCUUUACUUGGUUAUUUAUUAUCUUUCACAUCCGUUACAAUUUGUCUAAUUAAUUUUCAAUGACACCUUGUAAUAGAAGGACAAUUCAUUUUUGUUUGAUAUCUAUUCUGAGGGGAAAUUGACUUCUAAAUCAAAUAUAUUAUCAUUCUUGAUGAGGAAUUAAUAAUUUAUGUGCAAUUAGAUUGUAUGUCCAAUUAAUUACAACCAAAUUCAAAUUUAUAGUUUGAAAAACUAGAAUAUCAGUUUGAUAAAGAAAAAUCACAAGCUUAGAAAUAAAUGUAAAUUUUAUUAAUGAAUACUGAUUAUAAUGAUGAUAUAAAAAGAGAAUAUUUGAAGGAAAAUGCUGUUAACUUUGUAUAUAAUUGACUAAAAUUUUGGAAACAUUUUUAAUAGUUUGAAAUCUUUGAAAAUUCAUUGGUUAUAUUAGUUUUACCAAAACUGAGUAUAGGAAUUUAAUAAAAUUUACUCAUUCAUUAGUUAUGAUAGAUUGAGAAGAAAUUAAUUGAUUUUGUUCCCAUAAGUAUCUUAUGUAGCUUUAGGCGAAAAAAAACUCUUGUAAUAGUAACAUAUGUCUAGUAUUUUAUUAAUUUAGUAGAGAGUAUGAUAUGAUGAUAUGAUAGUUAUGAUAGAUUGAGAAGAAAUUGAUUAAUUUUGUUCCCAUAAGUAUCUUAUGUAGCUCUAGGCGGGAAAAAAACUCUUGUAGUAGUGACACAUAUCUACUAUUUUAUUAUUUUAGUAGAGAAUAUGAUUUUUAAUAGUUUGAAAUCUUUGAUAAUUUAUUGCUUACAUUACUUUUACCAAAACUGACUAUAGGAAUUUACUCAUUUAUUAGUUAUGAUAGAUGAUGAUUGAGAAGAAAUUAAUUAAUUUUUUCUCAUAAAUAUCUUAUGUAGCUUUAGGCAGAAAAAAACUCUUAUAGUAGUGACACAUGUCUAGUAUUUUAUUGUUUUAGUGGGGAGUAUGAUAUGAGGAUGGAAAAUUUCCCUUCUUUGCAAUGAACAGUGAAAAUUUCCAAAAAUAUAGUAUGAUUUUUUUUGCCUGCAAAGAAUUAGCAAAUUUUAGGCGUUUAUAUUUUACUUUUAAACCAUAAAUAAAAUUAUAAGUAAAAUUUAGAUCAUAAAAAUUUAGAGAAUCGCAACAAUGGAGGUGGAAGAACGUUCAUUAACAGAAACACCAACAUGGGCACUCGCCACAGUUCUGUCUCUCAUGGUAGCCUCUGUCUUCCUCUUCACCAAAUCUGUUGAAGUCUUCGGCGAGUGGUUAGAUAAGAGAAAAAGGAAACCUUUACUACCUGCUUUUAACAAAAUUAAAGAAGAGCUUAUAGUAUUUGGAGUACUGUCACUUCUGUUGGGUCAUUGGAGUAUUUUUGUGGCGAGGAUUUGUGUAAAAUCAUCGGUAUUUGGCACUAAAUUCUACCCAUGUAUACCCGAGACAACAUUAACUGAAACAGUAAGAAUCGCUGAAGAACUCAUUGUUGUUAAUAACUCCAAGGAUGCAAAUCAUCGUUACUUGCACAGAUAUUGUUCUAAGGGAUAUGAGUCAUUUGCUUCAUACGAAAGCCUCGAGCAGCUUCAUCGUCUGCUGUUUGUUCUUGGUAUAACUCAUGCCACUUACAGUGCUGUGACCAUUGCAUUAGCUGUUUUUAAGAUUUAUAGCUGGAGGACAUGGGAAAAUGAAGCAAAAUCCAUGGCUUUAGAAAAUGCAGAAGACCACACGAAACUGAAACGAUUGUGUACAUUCGUUGUCCACCAUGCAUCGCACCCUUGGAGCCAACACAAAGUACUUAUUUGGCUGCUUUGUUUCAGCCGACAAUUUUGGAAUUCGAUCAACAAGUUUGAUUACAAUGCUCUCCGCUUUGGAUUUAUUGUUACUCAUCAACUCCCAAUGUCCUAUGAUUUUCUCAAUUACAUGGUCAGAAGUAUGGAUGAAGAAUUUCGUGAUAUCGUUGGCAUCAGCUUGCCUCUUUGGAUCUAUGCCAUAUUUUGCAUUUUCCUCGACUUUCAUGGAUCUAACAUCUACUUCUGGCUUUCAUUUCUUCCUGCCAUUAUAAUAAUGAUAAUCGGCACAAAGCUGCACCACAUAGUGGUAAAACUCGCGGUAGAGAUCAUGGAUACACAAUCAUAUGUGAAAACGCAAGAGUUUAAAGUCGAGUUGAGUGAUGAGUUCUUCUGGUUUAAGAAGCCUAGGCUACUACUUAGGUUCAUACAAUUCAUAUCUUUCCAAAAUGCAUUUGAGAUGGCAAUGUUCUUAUGGUCUGUGUGGGAAAUCGAUGGAACGUCUUGCUUUAUGAGCAACCCGACCUUCAUUGUGAUUCGAUUAGCAUUUGGGACAAUCACUCAAGUUUGGUGUAGCUUCAUUACAUUCCCACUCUAUGUCAUAAUCACACAGAUGGGAUCAAGGUAUAAGAGAACAGUAAUCACUGAACGCGUGAGAAAAUCGCUAAAUGGGUGGAAGAAACGAGUGAUGAAAAGGCAAAAUAGCAACUUAAAUGUUGCACAACUUAGUAAUGCAACAUCAAUGCCUUUGUUUCACAAUUCGGACAUAUAUGGUUUCGACAGCAACAGAUACACCAACCCCGGAAUUAUUAGGACGAGUAGUGGAAUAAGCAAUGAAGGGUCUAGAAACCAAAACAGGAGGUGGUCAGAGAUAGAUUAUGAAGUUAAUGUAGGAGUGUUAUUUACCCCUCAACGAUCAAGCCUUUCUGAAGGAGAAGGGGUUAGAGGAAGGUAUUAUAGUAGUGAUGAUUACUCUGAGGAGGAGGUGGAGAUGGAGGACGAGGAGGAGGAUGGUUCAGAGACAGGCGAAGGUCGGUGUUUUCACCUUCAUUGAUGCAAGGAACAUUAGUGUUCUAGCUUGACAAAUUUGUGUGGUGGUUGUGUGCUUGAAAACUUGAAAUAUUAGAGCCUACUAUAGGAUGGAGCUAUGGAGAAUGCAAUCACUUAUUGAUUCUCUUGAUACGUUAUGAAAGCAAAGAUUUAUAAUUCUUUGUUUUCGAUUAUAGUAGAGUAUAAUAAAACACUGCAUGAAAUCAUUCUCACUUGAGAAUAAUAAAAAGUUGAUAUAAUGAAAAUGUGUGUUUGAGAUGAC